AUGACACCGUCCUCUGCUCUCGGUCCAUCGUCGCCUUCGCUCGACCAGACCUCGUCUUUGGCAAGUCUCUCUUGGAAUAAGAUGGGCCAACCUGAUAUGUUUGAGAACAUCACCCGGGCUUCAUUCGCUAAACUCCCAGCAAGUCUACCGGUAAGGAAACCUAAAGAGGGGCACCGUGGGCACGAGGAGCCUCUCGAAGAGGGGGAGGAAAUGUUUAAUUUCGAGUGA